GGAAGGGACCGAUCGAUCGAUCCACUCGCCGGGCGCUCGACCCGCGGCCAGGAGAGGUUGGCUCGCAACUUGUGCGCAGACAUGUCGAAGCCGCCGCCUAAACCAGCCAAACCAGGACAAGUCAAAGUUUUUAGAGCCCUGUAUACCUUUGAACCCAGAACUCCAGAUGAACUGUACUUUGAAGAAGGGGAUAUCAUCUACAUUUCUGAUAUGAGUGACACAAACUGGUGGAAGGGAACCUGUAAAGGAAGGACUGGAUUAAUCCCCAGCAACUAUGUGGCUGAGCAAGCAGAAUCCAUCGACAACCCACUACACGAAGCUGCCAAGAGAGGAAACCUAAGCUGGCUGAGGGAGUGUUUGGAUAACAGAGUCGGUGUCAAUGGCUUGGAUAAAGCUGGAAGCACAGCCCUGUACUGGGCAUGCCAUGCUGGACACAAAGACAUAGUGGAAGUGUUAUUGACGCAGCCAAAUGUAGAACUAAACCAACAGAAUAAACUAGGAGACACUGCAUUGCAUGCUGCUGCAUGGAAGGGCUACGCAGAUAUUGUAGAAAUGCUGCUGGCAAAAGGUGCUCGAAUAGAUUUAAGAAACAAUGAGAAAAAAUUGGCUCUGGAUAUGGCGACUAAUGCUGCAUGUGCAUCCUUGCUUAAAAAGAAACAAGGUCAAGACAUAAUGAGAACAUUAAGCAAUGCAGAGGAAUACCUUGAUGACGAAGAUUCUGAUUGAAUUGCCUUAAUGUAUU